GAGGUAUAUGAAUCGGAGCCGCCGCCUUCCUCACAUUGACUCGCCCACCGAGUGAGAAGCGCCCAACAACAGAAUCAUUCGAACCAUUCAGUACCGGUGCCUGCGCGGACAGUGAAAGGAAGGAGGAUUCUUACGCCUGUUCUUAACAUCGCAUUGGAUUUAUCUGAGAUCGUCUAAUUGUCUUCGCUCGUUAUCACCAUGUCUGUGGUCGGUUUCGACCUGGGCUUCCAGAACUGUCAUGUUGCCAUCGCCAGAGCCGGGGGUAUCGAGACGGUGGCUAAUGAAUUCAGCGACCGCUGCACCCCGGCUGUGGUAUCCUUUGGCACAAAAAACAGAACAAUCGGCGUUGCAGCUAAAAAUCAGAUGAUUACCAACGCCAACAACACAGUAUCCAGCUUCAAGAAACUUCAUAGCCGUGCAUUUAGUGAUCCAUUUGUCCAGCGGGAGAAGAAUAAUUUGCCUUAUGAACUCGUCCAAACAAACAACGGUGUAGUAGGCGUAAAGGUGAUGUAUAUGGAGGAGGAGCACGUGUUUAGUGUGGAGCAGAUCACGGCCAUGCUGCUGACCAAGCUAAAAGAGACCGCUGAGUAUAACCUGAAGAAGCCGGUGACGGAUUGCGUCAUAUCGGUUCCUUCAUUCUUCACUGAUGCAGAAAGGAGAUCUGUACUGGAUGCUGCUCAGAUUGUCGGUCUGAACUGCUUGAAGUUAAUGAAUGAUAUGACUGCAGUUGCCCUGAACUACGGAAUUUAUAAACAGGAUCUUCCAGCUCCUGAAGAUAAGCCCAAGGUUGUGGUUUUUGCUGACAUGGGUCACUCAUCUUUCCAGAUAUCCGCCUGUGCAUUUAACAAAGGCAAACUAAAGGUUCUUGGCACUGCUUUUGACCCAUACCUAGGAGGAAGGAGUUUUGAUGAAAAGCUAGUGGAACACUUCUGCGGAGAAUUCAAAACCAAAUACAAACUGGAUGUGAAAUCAAAAGUAAGGGCUCUCCUGCGUCUUUACCAGGAGUGUGAAAAGCUGAAGAAGCUGAUGAGCAGCAACAGCACAGACCUUCCUCUUAACAUUGAAUGCUUCAUGAAUGAUCUAGACGUGUCGGGACGCAUGAACAGGUCAGAAUUUGAAAGCUUGUGUUCAGACCUCUUGCAAAGGAUAGAUGCUCCUCUACAGUCCCUGAUGGCACAGAUUCAGCUCAGAGUUGAAGAUGUCAGUGCGGUGGAGGUCAUCGGAGGAGCUACGCGAAUCCCAGCCGUCAAGGAGAGGAUUGCAAAGUUCUUUGGGAAAGAAGUCAGCACGACUUUAAAUGCCGAUGAAGCCGUUGCUAGAGGGUGUGCUUUGCAGUGUGCAAUUUUGUCCCCAGCCUUCAAAGUCAGGGAGUUUUCAGUUACUGAUGUGGUUCCGUACUCAAUCUCCCUGAAAUGGAGCACAGAAGCUGAUGAGGCUGAGGGAAUACAUGAGGUCUUCAGCAAAAACCAUGCAGCUCCUUUUUCUAAAGUUUUAACCUUCUACAGAAAGAAUCCAUUCCACCUUGAAGCAUUUUAUUCUGAUCCAUCUGCAAUCCCUUACCCCGAAGCCAAAAUAGGUCAUUUUGUUGUGCAGAACAUUUCUGCAGCUAAAGAUGGUGAGAAAUCCAAAGUGAAAGUGAAGGUUCGUUUUAAUACGCAUGGCAUUUUCAGUGUGUCUACUGCUUCCAUGGUGGAGCGGAUAGAGGCGGACGGGACUGAGGAUCAGUCUGAGGCUGAUAUGGAUGUGAAGAGCACUGUAGAAAAUGCUGAAGCCGAUAAGGCUUUCCAGCAAGAUAACAGUGAUGCUGGAACACAGCCCCAGGUACAAACUGAUGGGUCCCACUCUCCUCCUCCACCCGAGCCUGCCAGUGGGGAAAACAAAGUGCCUGACACUGAAAAAGGACCUGAAAAGAAAAUGGAUCAACCGCCAGAGGCCAAGAAACCCAAAAUAAAAGUCAAGAAUAUUGAGCUGCCUAUUGAGGCAAACCUGGUAUGGCAGCUCGGGAAGGACCUGCUCAAUAUGUAUAUUGAGAAUGAGGGUAAAAUGAUUCUCCAAGACAAGCUGGAGAAAGAACGUAAUGAUGCCAAGAAUGCAGUGGAAGAAUAUGUGUAUGAGUUCAGGGACAAGCUUUCUGGACCGUAUGGGAAGUUUGUUAGUGAAAAGGAUCUAAAUAUAUUCCUGGAUCUAUUAACCCAUACUGAGGACUGGCUGUAUGAGGAUGGGGAAGAUCAGCCCAAACGGGUGUAUGUUGAAAAAUUGGAUGAGUUAAAGAAACUUGGUAAUCCAAUUCAGGCAAGAUACAAGGAAGCAGAGGAGCGACCAAGACUCUUUGAUGAGCUGGGACAAAGACUGCAACAUUAUGCAAAAAUACUAGAGGAAUACAGAAACCAGAGCGAGACAUAUCGGCACAUCAGCAGCAUUGAUAUGGAAAAGGUAGAGAAGAGCGUCAGGGAAACGAUGCAGUGGAUGAAUAACGCAAUGAAUGCUCAAGAUAAACAACCACUGGAUCAGGAACCCGUUAUCUAUGCACAUGAAAUCAGAGCCAAGCGUGCUGCACUGGACAGUAGCUGUCAUGGGAUUGUUUCACAGCCGAAACCAAAGCCCGAGUCGCCACAGAAAGAUAAACCAGUUAAUGGCAUGAACCAGAACAAUGGAGAGAACGUAAAAACCGGAAAGAACAAGGAGAAUCCUGACGCUCCCCAGCAAAACGGGGAAUGCAAUCCAAAUGACAAUAAUACCGUUGACAUGGACUUUGAUUAAAGAAAGCAACUAACAAGGCAACUAGAAAGGUUUUCUCUUCCGUUGCCUGCCUCUAGUUGGGAAAUCUGUAAAUGCAAAUUUAUUCCGGAGUCUUUUGUUUCAGUAUCUCUGUUAGAUGUGACCAAACACUGUCUGAGGACUAUUUAUUAUGACCUGUUUAGUUGUUUCUAAUUGGUUUUCCAUUCACUGUAUUAUAUGGCGCACCAGUCUAUUUUAAAAAAUACCUUGGAAAAAACAAAUUCCUGUGGAAUUGUGAACUUUCAUAUCACGCUUCUGUGCUGAGUUAAACGUUCAUAGCACAGGCGGCAUUUAGAAUUCUGCUUUUUAGGGGUCUGAGCUUCAAUUACCGGAGGGACAGCAUCUUCUAAAAUGUAUUAUUUUUGUGCAUGCCACAAUGUUAAUAUCUAGAAGUUGUCACAAAUGGACUAUCAAAGUGAUACAUUUUGGUUAUUUAUUUUUGAAAGGUUUUUUUUCGUAGAAAAUGAAGCUGUAUUUUAGUUAAGUGGCUUUGAUGGCAGCAGAUUCCAUGUUUUGUUUAGAUGUACUUGUUUCUUCUAAAGAAAGCUGACGGAUGUGCUGCGAAUGUUGUGAAUUGUGGAACCUCCAUUGAACUUUAAUUAAUUAAAAGUUCUGGAAAAAAUG